CAUUAACGUUAACAAAGUGCUUCACGGAAUAAACGAUGAGUUAAUUUCAUCACAUCGGUGCCUCCCAUCUAUUGUUUGUGAUAACGCAUGCAGGUCAAUUAAACUUAGUCAUUAAUUAAAAUCGAAUUAAAACGCACAAAAAAAGCAUCAUAAAGAUGGAAACCGAGAACGGGCAAGCACCCGAAUGGUUGAUAAAACUCGAAAAUCGACGAGAACAAAGAAUCAAGAACAAAUUAGGACAUGAAGUUGGUGCCGGAGCUCCGUGUUUGGUGUGCAAAGAGAAAUGUUCCGGCUUGGAUUUGCAUUUUUGGCGUAAAAUUUGCAAAGGAUGCGGUUGUCGCAAAGAGCAGCAUGACGUACUUGAGGAUGAUACAACUGGUUGGGCACAAUUUGAGAUUUUGGGAGCGAUUCGUUCAAAGCCAGCUUAUAUAAAAAUCUCUGCGUUGCAAGAAAAACCCGUGAAACUUGAUUGGAUUCCGCCGAAUGUGGCUCCGGAUGUUGCCUCGGACUACAUGACGCAAUUGGGAUCGGAAAAUAUCCCGAUUGAGGGAAGUGAGGCAGCUGCGAAACGUAAACAACAACUCGAAUAUCAAGUUCCGGCGCACGAUUAUGAUCCAUCGUUAUGUCACAAUUUAAGCGAAGUAGAAGCAGCUCAAUUGCAACAAUACGUUCUAAAACUAAAAGAAAGUUGCGCAGGGCAAGGCAACGUCAUCCGCAUCGGUGAAAAACAACACGGAAUCAUUCAUCGUAACGCUCCUCAUCAAACCCCCAUCCAAUCAAAGGUCGUUCGUGAUCGAAUUGUCCAUCAAAUUUCCGGUUCCGAGAGCCUUCGCAACAUUUUACGCAUGCCUCCCGCUCUCAUCACGGAUCGCAAAGUCAGUGUCUUCCAAAAACCUCUUUUGCCCGACUUUUACGACAAGCCCGUUUUAUCGGACAAAUCAAAAGUCAAGCUUGGCGCGAUGAAAAUGAACAGCGAAGUGGUCCAAUCAGUCGUCAACAACAUUCCCUACUACUCUUCACUCCUUUCUGACUUACGAGACAAGAAAAUCGACAUCAAAGACGACAAAGUUCUCGGUCCAAUCGAUCAAUUUUACACCGAAUUUCUUGGAAAUGAGAAAUUCCAGAACGAAGUAAAGGCUUUUGUACGAGCUUUGCCUUCGCCAAUUAUGCAAGAAGGACAUAUCGAGCACGUCACAACAAAACAACCGGAUUUCAACUCACCUCUUCCUGUGAAAUUUAUGCCUGGCAUGCGAAAUCCGACACUCGCACAACAAGAAACGCCCGUGAGAAAACUUCAAUUUCACAAACCUUCGCACGAGAUAACGUCAAUUGAUGAGGUUUUGGAUCCCCGCACCGGACAAAUCCUUGUUCCGAUGAUUGUGAGAGAUAAGGUCUUGUUUGACUUGUUAAAUUCGGAAUUAAUUAAAAAUGCGUUGCAUAAUCCAGCGACUGGGAUAUCAAAUACGCCGUUAAUUGUCUCGGGCAGAGCGAUGAUUCCGGAUUUUGAUGAUCAUCCAACGAACGUGUUGACGCCCAAUUGUCGUUUGACGCUGGAAAAUAUGAAAAUUAACACGAAAGGAGUACAAAGCGGCGUCAUUCAUGGACCAAUUUACGAUGAUUUGUUCAAAAAUUUGAAGAAACGUCGCGUAAAUUACUCAUUUGAUCCAGUUUUGCAACCGAUUCAAGAGUUACGGGAGGAAAUGGAAGCUAAUGAACAAUUUAGAGGCGAUGUCGUUCGCUUCGUAGAAGCCUUACCGCAUUUCUCCCAAACGGAGGAUGUGUCUUUGGUUCGUCCUGCUUACGCGAAAAACCUCAGUCCGGAACAUUUGAGCAAAAUUCAUCCUUCUAAAAGUAGCGAUUCAGGUUUUGACUCGAUUCCGCCGACUCCUAACUACGCCACGUAUCCCGGAUUCAUUCAGCAAGAAGCAACGGAGGGACAUUUUACGGAAAUUCCGGGUAUUUCUGACAUGAACAUGUAUCCAAAAGUCGCAUCAUCCGCAAUUGGUGACUCUCUGCCCGAACAUCUCGAACAAAUGAACCUAAAUCCAGCGUCGCACAACGUUCAACAAGUUUCCGCGACAUGCAAAGGUUGCAAAAAGGAGAUUUUCUCGGGCGAAGUCGCUGUUAAAGCUGAACGCGCCGGCAAAGAAGUCGUUUGGCAUCCCCUUUGCUUCAAAUGUCAUCAUUGCAACGAGUUGCUGGCAGAUCUCGUGUACUUCUUUCACGACGGCGAGGUUUAUUGCGGUCGAGAUUUAGCUGAAAUCCUGCAAAUUCCCCGUUGCGCCGCUUGUGACGAGCUAAUUUUCACGAAAGAAUUCACCGCAGCCGAAAAUCAAACAUUCCAUAUCAAGCAUUUUGUCUGUUUUUAUUGUGAUAAUCCGCUGGCAGGGCAGAAAUACGUCCCGGAUGAGAAAACGAACAUGCCGUUGUGUCUCAAUUGUUACGAUCAAUAUUUCGCUGAGAGAUGUAGUCGAUGUUCGCAUUCGAUUGCGCCGACAGAACAAGGCGUCUCGUGGGGCUCGCAUCAUUGGCAUUCGUCGUGUUUCGUGUGCAGCGGCGUUCAGUGUCAGAAAAGUUUGAUCGGGUCGCGAUUUUGUGUGAAGAAUGAGCAACCUUUUUGCAGUGCGCAAUGCGUUAAGAGCGUUUUACAAUAAAUUUAUGAAAAAUAAUGCCUUCCAUAUACAAAAAAAAAAAAAAAAUAUUUUUAGACAGGUGCUGAAUUUAUAUAAAAUUUAUAAAAAAUUAAAAUAUAUUCCUUAAAAAAAGUGCCAGACGAACAAAAAAUUUACAAAUUUAUACAAAUAUAUAUACAAAUUAUGUUGUAACUUUCAUAUAUUUUGCAUGAAA